AUCAAGCGAUUGGAAUGGCACUCAAGGGGUCUGAAGCUGCGAGGCUUGAGAGAUCCAUCGGAUGUGUUAAAUACACGAUAUUCUCUCUCAACGCCAUUUUAUGGAUUUUUGGGGCUGCUAUGUUUGGGGUGUCUGUCUGGAUGAGGGCAGAUCCUGGAUUCCAGGAGUGGGUGGAAUUCCUGGAGAUUGACGAGUUCUACAUUGGGCUUUACAUUUUAAUUGUUGCGUCAAUUAUCGUAAUGGUGGUAGCCUUCUUCGGAUGUGCUGCUGCCCUGAUGGAGAACAUUAAUGCUCUUUACAUUCACAUCGGUCUCCAGAUGCUUGGAUUUUGCCUCGGUCUAGCAGGAACUGCAGUUCUUUUGGAUUUCUCGACCUACGACAGCGACAUUCAACCACUGAUUCGUAGAUCAAUGACAACGUUAAUCAUUAAUUCGCAGUAUGAGAAACCAGGAAUGAUCCUCAGAAUGAUCCAAGAGGGGAUUGGCUGUUGCGGUUCUGAUGGCCCCAUGGACUAUCUCAAUCUCUAUAAACCAUUGCCCUCUGAGUGCAGGGAUUCUGUUACCGGAAAUGCAUUUUUCCAUGGUUGCGUUGACGAACUCUCGUGGUUCCUCGAGGGUAGAUCUGGCUGGUUAGCUGGAAUUUCACUCGCUCUCUGUCUACUCCAUGUAAUUCAAGCCGUUCUCUCGUUAAUCCUCAUACAGGCGAGACAGAAAGAAGACGAGGCAGCUAUUUUUAAGCGUUAAAAAUAUUCUACAUCAUUUUAAUCCCGACAUUCAAUCAUUAUUUAAGUGUCAAAUUAUUCAGAAUACAUAUUUGUUUUCUAUGAAA